CUUUCAGACUGCAAGAGCAGUAUCGACGAUUCAUUGCGAAAGUUGAACGUCCUCAGUCAUUUUCAGGGGCAACUCCUCGAAUAUGACCUUAUCCUCAACAGAUCAGGUCUAGCACACGACCUUUCGUUCGAUCAACUUGAGCGGCUCUGGAUAUGUGAAAAACACAGAAACGACAUGGGGAAAUACUGGCGACCUCGUCAAACCUGCCAGUAUCCACUGCAUCGUCCAGGCCCAAAGAAAAAGCUUAGAACGAGAAAUGCUGUACACGCAAGUAUGUCAAGGGAAAUUAAUCUUAUCUUUGGAAAGAACGUUCCAAUAGGAUCCCGUGAGUAUAAUCUAUAUUUUGCCCAGGUUACCUUUUGUUUAAAGCUCCUGUGCAUUUUCGCAGAAACAUGUCUAAGGGAAGGCGCCAGAAAAGUUGCGUGCAAAUACAUAAUCUAAUUACGUCUCUGUUUACCUAGCCGGUUUGUGAUAUUUAUUUGUUGGGCAUUCGAGGCUUUCUAGAACAAUUGCAGUUCGUCCUCAAGUAAAAGCUUAUCUCCUGAAAGCAAAUUAAAUUAAGUAUGCUUUCUGUCUCUACGAAAUUCACUCAAAUUCAAUUUGUCCAAUAUAUUGUUCAGUAAGUUUCCUCGAUCUUCCCGUCGAAAUUAUAAACUGUAGUAGCAUCGGUUGUUUUGUUUUUUAAUUUUCCUUUUUAAGUACAGUUGUGAAAAAAAGGCCUGAAAAAAUUCAGGCUUGCAGGGGAUUCGAACCCUGACCUUUUCGAUACUAGAGAAGCAUUCUAAGUGAGCUAGCAAGUCAACUGGAAGGAGUUGAACUGGCUCGAUGUAAUAUACCCCGGGAAAGAUAAAGAUGAAAUAAUGAUCAUUAUUUGACUAAAUAAUGUAAUAGGAAAAUAAGGUAGUUUGUCAGCAGUUAAGGCUGCUAGAAAGGUUGUAAUAGACGCAUGUUGAUAACACCAGAAAUUUCUAGUGCUGUGAAUUUCGCUCGUUUGAGCCGUUCUCUGUCUUCUACACUUGUUUUAAAGAGCUCUCCGGUUUCGAGGUGCGGUGUGAAAAGAGCGCGCCGGGGCCUGAUGCGCAACUCCUGUUCUCUCUGUGACUGUUUGUUUGGUUGUUUGUUUUUUUUUUAAUUCAGUCAUUCCUUUCUCGCGAUUUAUCUCAUUAUUUCGCUACUUUUAUUUUCAGUGAUCUGUGUAUCUUGCUUUAACUUACACAAAGUCAAACUUGAAGAAAAUAAUGCUCUAUUGAAACAGAAAGGAGGCGAAGACAACAACGAACAGGAUGAUAACCCUUCAAGGUGCAUAAUUUCCGUCGCAAAAUAUCAGUAUCAGUACGUUGCUAUAAACUAUGUAACUAUUGAUGAAUUUCAACGUAAAUGACUCCAAAUUAAACACAUUUCUUUCUAGAUACAAAAAAAUUGUUUAGUGUGUUGUAUUGAAAAGGUUUCGUAUCACUUCAUUUUUAUUUAAUAGGGACAGGUUUUAUGUGCGCAGCUUAUUACGAGUCCUCUUUGUUUUAUUCUAUGAACUUUUUUAUUUGACGCCUCAACGACCAUGAGGAUAAUAAUCAAGUAAAAAGAAAACUUGAAUCCGGUAUGUGUUAAUUUUUAUUUCCUUAAUUGUACAGACUUGUAAAAUGUAUUGCAUCUAUGAAGAUCUCAGCUGCAGUAUCUUCUACGCCUUCAGUGACACCGGCAGCAAAAGCAGCUGAGUGGACGACGGGGUGGAGGCCUUCGGACUGUAGCUCUGGGGAGGAGGAUGUUGCUGAAAGCGUGGCAGAGUCCGCCAUAUCAGAAUUCAAUGCCGCCAUGGGGAAGCUUAAUGAGGUUUCUACUACUAGACAGGUCAGUCCCUUAACGUUUCAGUUAAAAACGACGUGGGAUGAGGCAAAAGAGCACGAGAAAGAAGUGUGCAUCGAUAAGGCUACUGAAGCCUGUAGCCUCGUGUGUGAGAUUAUAGCGCCAAAGGCUGCACAGGAGCUACUUCAGUCCUGUUGUAUUCCUGAUACAAAGGCAGACUAUGAGGAUCUUGUACCACUGAUGCAAGCCUACAACGCUGCUAAGACAAGAAACGUGAAGACUCAAAUUCUGAGCCUUUAUGCUUAUAGAUAUCCAGCGAGGACGCUUCAGAGGAUCCACGAACCAUUUGCGAAGCUAACAUCUUGGCAAAUCAAACGCGCUAGAGCUCACGCAAGGGAAUGCAGUCCAGGCUCCUUAGUAGAAAAGCCGCCUUCUCAUAGGGUUCGACUUCUCCCAGCGAAACUUGACCAUUUCUUAGACUUUGUUAACCGGCCAUACUUUUAUCAAGAUGUUGCAUUUGGUACAAGGAAACUGAAACUUAAAAGCGGCGAGAAACUCACAAUGCCAAACAUCAUACGUAAAGUAACAAGAGCAACAAUGAUCAGGCAAUAUCUAAAGUUCUGUGAAGAAGAACAAUACGAACCCCUAAGUCGCGCGAGUCUAUUUCGUGUUCUCGAAGUACGGGAGGCCUCACAACAGAAAUCCUUGAGUGGUUUAGACAACACAGCUGCCGAUGGGUCAGCGGCGUUCGAGCGUCUACAACGAAUAGUAGAGGAGCUUGGUCAUAUUGGCCUAGAGAAGAGCUUGGCAGAUGAUAUAAGUAGAUCUCUUCGGGACGGUAAGAAGUAUUUGAAAACAGAAUAUCAGAAGAAUUGCAAAGAUAAUGAGAGCUCAUGUCCAGAUCAUUGCCGUAAGUUGGGUCUAAGUGACCCGAAUGAUCCAAAUUUUCAAGAGAAAUGUACACAUGAACAUACUCUUAGCUGCCCUCAAUGUGAUGACAUCACUUCCUGUUUGCAUAAAUUGCAACAAACCGUCAAUGACAGUGAAAGCUUACGCUUUUACAGCAAAGAACAGAAAGAAGACUUCCUGUACGACAUCGAGAAAGCUUCGGAUGCUAUUGUACAGUGGAAAGCCCACAUUAUGAGAGCUGUAAACCAGGAAUGUGCGAAACAAGAUAUACUGGCAGAGCUUGAUCAGAAUUCGUGCCUUCUAGUAAUGGACUGGGCUAUGAAGUUCUUGCAGCUUCGUUACAGAGAAAAACAAACUGAUUGGUAUGGCAAGAGAGGGCUCAGCUGGCACAUCACUAGUGUCGUGACCAAAGACAUGUCCAGCGCAACUGAGGUUAUCUCUUACGCGCACCUUUUUGAUCAGUGUACACAGGAUUGGUUCUCAGUAGCUUCAAUUCUAGAAGACCUUCUGACAAAACUAAAAGCCAGGAAUCCUCUCAUCCAAAGAGCAUAUUUAAAGUCAGAUGAGGCUGGUUGUUAUCAUAACAGCUCCUUGAUUGCUGCUGUAAGAGAUAUCGCAAAGAGAGUUGGUGUUACAGUACAUAGUUAUCAUUACUCAGAGCCACAGUCUGGAAAGGAUAUUUGUGAUCGUAUCCUGUGUCCACUGAAGUCCUCCAUCCGUAUGUACUGCAACGAAGGUCAUGAUGUUUUAACUGCUGCAGACAUGAGAGAUGCCUUAAUACAACACCCGGUAAAAGGAACAUCUGCCGCGGUUUGUGUAGUCAACGAGUCGAGAAAGACUCUUUCGGUAAAGAAGAUGGAGCAGUUCAGCAGCUUUCAUAACUUUGAAUAUGAAGCUGAUGGUCUUAGAGUGUGGAAAUGCUAUGGUAUAGGCGAUGGAAAGUACAUUCCAUAUGAAAUGCUUUAUGUCACCAAUCAGGUUCCAACCGCUCUCCAAACAGUGGAAUCCCAAGAAUUCUAUGUACCACUUGGAAAACGAGAGGUAAAACCCAGUUCAGAAGCUAGCAAGAGUACUGAGAGUAGUACACCACUGUUUGAAUGUUCAAAGCUCGGUUGCAACGAGGCCUUUGAAUCCUUUGCGCAGUUAGAGCUGCAUCUUGAUGUCGGUAAACAUACUGCCAGCAGGUUAAACCAGUAUGAUGUCAUCAGAAGGGACUGGGCACUGAAAUUCUCAUCUGUAGAUAACCCUGCUGACACCGAAAUGUAUUCAGUGCCUUCCGGGGGACCGCCAACGUUUUCAGAAGUCACUUCAAGCAAAUCAUCUCUGCAAACAGGUUGGGCCUUAAGCAAACCGAGAAGUAGCGUUAGAUUUUCGCCAAAGGUCAAAGAAUACCUAACAGCACGUUUCACAAUAGGAGAAAGAACAGGGCGUAAGGCUGACCCCGGCCAGGUUGCAGCAGACAUGCGAAAUGCAAAAAAUGAGUCUAAUGAACGCCUGUUUACUAGAUCUGAGUGGCUUUCAAAGAACCAAGUUCAGAGCUUUUUUUCGCGGAUGGCAGCAGCACGUCGUAAAGAGCAGGGUGUUGUCGGCUUGUCAACGGAAAAGGAGGAAGACAUACAGUGCUUGCAGGAAUAUUCAGAAAGAGAGGAUCUGAUUAACACAGUAAAUGAAGAAAUUAACGUCGCACAUCCUAUCUGUUUUGACAGUUAUGACCUGUGUGAGCGUUAUCAUAGCAACACGCUCCAAGAAUUCAAUGUAGCCAUGCUUAGGAGUAUCUGCAACCAUUUUGAGAUUCCUGUGAAAUCGAGGGACAAAAAGAAAUUCCUCUUAGACAAACUGACAGUCAUGAUAAGUGAAUGCGAGUGUGUGUCUCACUAA